GGGGACGCACGGACCGACGGGCGCACCGAGGCUCCCUGCCCUCGCUGCCUUACCCUGCCAGUCGCGCUCGCUGCCGCUGCCAUGCCCUCCUACACGGUCACCGUGGCCACUGGCAGCCAGUGGUUCGCUGGCACCGACGACUACAUCUACUUCACCCUGGUGGGCACCGCGGGCUGCAGCGAGAAGCAUCUGCUGGACAAGCCCUUCUACAACGACUUCGAGCGCGGCGCGGUCGAUUCUUACAAUGUGAUAGUGGAUGAAGAGCUGGGUGAGAUCCAGCUGGUCAAAAUUGAGAAGCGCAAGUACUGGCUCCGUGAUGACUGGUACCUGAAGUACAUCACACUGAAGACGCCCUACGGGGACUACAUUGAGUUCCCCUGCUACCGCUGGAUCACAGGCGAGGGCGAGAUCGUCCUGCGAGACGGCCGAGCAAAAUUGGCCCGAGAUGACCAAAUUCACAUUCUCAAGCAGCACAGACGUAAGGAACUGGAAACACGGCAAAAACAGUAUCGGUGGAUAGAGUGGAGCCCUGGCUUCCCCUUAAGUAUUGAUGCCAAAUGCCACAAGGAUUUACCUCACGACAUCCAGUUUGACAGUGAGAAAGGAGUGGACUUUGUGCUGAACUACUCCAAAGCGAUAGAGAAUCUGUUCAUCAACUGCUUCAUGCACAUGUUCCAGUCCUCCUGGAGCGACUUCGCUGACUUUGAGAAGAUCUUCGUCAAGAUCAGCAACACUAUUUCCGAGCGGGUCAUGAAUCACUGGCAGGAAGACUCCAUGUUCGGCUACCAGUUCCUGAACGGGUGCAACCCCGUGCUGAUCCAGCGGUGCAGGAAGCUGCCUGAGAAGCUCCCAGUGACCACGGAGAUGGUGGAGUGCAGCCUGGAGCGACAGCUCACCCUGCAGGAGGAGAUCGAGCUCAACCAAGUCCCAGGAGACAAGAACCCCAUUUUUCUCCCUUCGGAUGCAAAAUAUGACUGGCUUCUGGCCAAAAUCUGGGUGCGUUCCAGUGACUUCCACGUCCACCAGACCAUCACCCACCUUCUGCGCACACAUCUGGUAUCUGAGGUUUUUGGCAUAGCCAUGUACCGCCAGCUGCCUGCUGUGCAUCCCAUCUUCAAGCUCCUGGUGGCCCACGUGCGGUUCACCAUCGCCAUCAACACGAAGGCCCGUGAGCAGCUCAUUUGUGAGUACGGCCUCUUUGACAAGGCCAAUGCCACAGGGGGCGGUGGGCACGUGCAGUUGGUGCAUCGGGCCAUGCAGGAGCUGACCUACAUCUCCCUGUGCUUCCCCGAGGCCAUCAAGGCCCGGGGCAUGGACAGCACAGAGGACAUUCCCUACUACUUCUACCGGGACGACGGGCUGCUGGUGUGGGAAGCAAUUAAGAAGUUCACAGCUGAGGUGAUAGGCAUCUACUACGAGAGUGACCAGGUGGUGGAGGAGGACCAGGAACUACAGGAUUUCGUGAAGGACGUUUAUGUGUACGGCCUGCGGGGCAGGAAGGCCUCAGGCUUCCCCAGUUCCAUCAAGACCAGGGAGAUGCUGUCAGAGUACCUGACGGUGGUGAUCUUCACCGCCUCAGCCCAGCACGCGGCAGUGAACUUCAGCCAGUACGACUGGUGCUCCUGGAUCCCGAACGCGCCCUCAACCAUGCGGGCCCCGCCUCCCACGGCCAAGGGCGUGGUCACCAUCGAGCAGAUUGUGGAGACGCUGCCGGACCGCGGCCGCUCCUGCUGGCAUCUGGGCGCAGUGUGGGCGCUGAGCCAGUUCCAGGAGAACGAGCUGUUCCUGGGCAUGUAUCCGGAGGAGCAUUUCAUUGAGAAGCCUGUGAAGGAGGCCAUGGCCCGAUUCCGCAAGAACCUCGACACCAUCGUCAGCGUGAUUGCAGAGCGCAACAAGGAGAAGAAGCUGCCCUAUUAUUACUUGUCUCCCGACCGGAUUCCCAACAGCGUGGCCAUCUGAGUGGCCCAGCGGUGCCAGGCCUCACUCUGGAAAGUCCCGCUUCUCGAGGCUGGCCUUGGUACCCAGACUCCAGGGCAGGCCUCCUGUGCAGCUUGCCCCUCAGGCCCGCCAUGAUUCCUGGGAAUUGCGCUCAGGCGGAUUUGCUGUAAACCAAAGGCUCCCCAGGGGCAUCACCUUGCAGCAAAGCUGUUUCCCCCACUUACUCCUCUAUCUUUUGUGAAUCUCAGACUUUGUUCAAAGUGCUUACACACCCCAGGGAACCCUCCUGCACAGAGCAGGCCCGUGAGGCUUCCUGUCCUGUGCCCAGCUCAGUGUCUACACCAGGUAGCGACAGCACAUCAGGCUGACAGAUGCCUGUUCAUGUUAGAAACAUUUUUUUUUCUGUUCUGUUUAUGCUUAUAGCAGGCGCCCAAAUAAAUUCCUGUUGGAUGAAUUAAGAAUCGGCUGUCAUAAAAAUAAAGUUCACUUAAAACACGUUUCUUUCCACAUGCUGUGUUCCAGUC